AUGGAGAUUGUAGAGCGUUGGUUUGAAAAACAACAUAAUCAAAUUCAAAAUUGGGAAAAAAAUUAUGUACGAAAAUAUCAAAAAGAUAUUGUUAGUCGAAUUACACACGUUAUGGAUUGUGAAGCAUAUACGUUGGGGAAAAAUCAAGUUUAUUUAAGAGAGGUGUCUGUGUAUCGAAUACGAGACGAAAAGACAUUUUCAUUUCAAAUUUAUAUGCCAAAUAUUUAUAUAAAUCCAAAGGUAGUACAUUAUCAAAUUCACCACGUUCACGGUCUACCCGUGGUGUAUGAAAAAAACAACGAGGAUUUUUUACAAUAUCAUGACGUGUAUAAAGUGUUAUGUGAAGAGUUUAUGACCUCUGCAGAUUUGGUGGGUUAUAAAGGGGGUACUAUCGAAAGAGAUUUAUUAAAGAAAUUGGGUACGAAAGGUAUUAAUAUUGAGUUAUUGGGGUGUGAGAAGUAUGCGAACUUGAUUACCAAAUAUGGUAUGACACCUGAACGUUGCCCGUAUCAUUUGUACGGUGAUUAUCAUUGUUCUAGACACGAAGUUCAGGUAUUUGCACAUUUCUUAAACGAGUUAGCACAAACAUGUCGGACUCCAUAGAUCUUUCGAGUGACUUUGUACGUCUUUCACAGGGACAGGCGGCUAUAGAAGCGUUUGAUAUUUUAUUGAAAAAUUAUCUACAUCAUCCUAUUCUAUGGCGUUUGUAUUCUGUGAAUAGUACGUUACGUUCGAGAAAACCUCGCAUGGAUAAAGAACGUGUUAUUUAUGAUUACUUCGUGGAAAAAGAACCGUGGCUGUGUGGUGUGGGUACGGGAUUAAAUUCUAUUAUUUGUUAUGAUGACAAAUUUAAAGACAAAGACGGAAAUUCUACAACUGAAGCGUUGAUUUCGCCAAGAUAUAGCGAAGGAAUUACGUAUGUUAUACCCUGCGAAUGGUUGAAAAGAGUUGUAUUUGAUAAAGAUGGGUACAUGAUUCUGAAAGCUUUCGAGUUUUGCUGCCGUCAAGUCUUGAAGCGUACCGAUUGUAAAUUGGUGCGUUGUCAAGAGAUGAUUUUAAGCGAACCUUAUCUUAAGGAUGCAACUUAUUUUCACGUAGGGUGUGGACCCUGCAAUGAAGAAAAAGCGUACUUGUUGUAUGAAAUACCUAUUUUUUUGGGAUUAAAACCCUUGUUUGAAAUAUUACGAACAGCAUCUUUUGAAGUAGAUAUAUUAUAUAUUGUAUAUAUCUUAGGUGAUAUUGCUGAUCUAACGCUGCAUAUGAUGAAAAACGACGGUUCGUUUAAAGAAUAUGAUAGUGAAUAUUUGCAGAAAUUAUUAAAACAUAUUUUAGUAUGUAGUAAAUGUUGUAAAUAUUUAAAAGAUUUUAUAAUGACAAUUGAUAAGUUUCUUGAGGCAAGUGACCCCGUACCGGAUUAUAGUGAUGAUUGUAACGUAGAAGUAUUUUUAGAUGAUAUAAUACCUUGUGAUGUUUUUUUGAUAGACGGCGAAUUUAAUGUGAUUCGAGAACAAUAUUAUUCGGCAUUGUUAAAUGAUACUAAUGAAUUGGGUAUUGAAGCUUCACAUAGUCUUGUGUUGAAGUUUAUACAAGAACAUGGUAGUGUUUCGCAAAUAUAA